AUGGCUUUUCACGCUAAGAAUUAUCCUGUAGCAUAUCCCGGGCAGUUGCUCUGCCCGACCUUUGAGUUAGGUGAAAAGACCGAAACAUUUCAAGAAAUCAUACGAUAUGUUCCUGGCAAUGGUGUUACCGAUGAGGAAUAUGAAGUUAACGGACAGAAGAUGAGAGCCCUCACAGCAACCGUGCUCGGUGAAGUGAGAUUCUUGGAGCAGGUUUUACAGACAGUACCGACGGAUGAAGACCAAUCAAAAGACGAAAAGGAUAUUGGAGCCUCUAAAGCUGAACUAGAACAAGGAAAAGAAGAACAGGAAGAGGAAGACAAAGGCGAGGACAAUCCCGAAAAGGUAUUUAUUGUAACUGUUGCUGAUAGUAAUCUCGCUGGGAAGCACGUUACUGAGGACUUUGCAAACAAUCUGCCUCGCGAGGGCAGCAUUGUUUUGGCAAGAAUCACACGCAUUUCUUCGCAAAGGGCUAAUGUUGAGAUCCUAGCGCUAGAGAAUAAAACUAUCCCUGUGGACUCUGGCGUUGGAAGCAAUGGUGCUGGCGUGACUGCUCCAGGUGGAGGGUCUGCCGCCGCUACCCUAUCGGUUUCCCAAGCAGCAGCAGAUCUGGGAGAAACUUUUAAAGGAAUCAUCAGCGCCCGUGAUGUAAGAGCUACUGAUAGGGACAGAGUGAAGAUCAUGGAAAGUUUUAGACCGGGUGAUAUAGUAAGAGCACAGGUCAUCUCGCUAGGUGACGGCUCUAAUUACCAUUUGUCCACAGCGAGAAACGACUUAGGUGUGGUGUUUGCAAGGGCCUUUAACGGUGCUGGAGGGCUGAUGUAUGCUAUUGACUGGCAAACGAUGGUCGCACCCAACACGGGAUUUAUGGAGUCGCGCAAAUGCGCAAAGCCUUUUUGA